GUAAACUUCCGGUUUAUCGUUUGACAAGUUUGGGAAGUGUCUCUCAUUACCCAUUAUGGCACUGACGGAAAAAUACACAGGGAAACUGACUGAAGCAUUGGUACUAGCUAGAACCCGAGCCACAGAUCUUGAAAGUGUCUGCAAACUAAACUGUUGGGGUUCUAGUAUCAAAGAUGUCAGUAUUGUCCGACAGAUGCCAAGUCUAGAAGUCUGCAGUUUAAGCGUCAAUGAAGUCGACACAUUAAGAGAUUUUGCACAUUGCCCAAACCUUCAAGAAUUGUACAUUAGAAAGAAUAAUGUAAAGAGUUUAACAGAUAUCCAAUAUCUGAAGAAGUUACCUAAACUGCGAAUGUUAUGGUUGUCUGAGAACCCAUGUGCGACAGAAAACAACUACCGUAUGACUGUUCUGAAAACUCUGCCAAACUUACAGAAACUUGAUAACAAGGCUGUGACAGAAGAUGAAAUCAACCAGGCAUUGGAUGAAGGAGAUGAUCUGCAUGCCUUACCUUUGACACCUCCUGCAACACAACCGAUCAAGUCAUUCCUGUCAGACCAACCUCUACACCAACGAGAUGUAAACCAACCUGCAUCAAAACCAACUGAAAUCCUGCAUAUUGACUCCGAGUUGGAGAAUGGUGAUGGACAUGGAGAUGCAGCAGAUGUAGUUGAGGUUGCUGCUGCGGAGACAGUAACACAACAGACAGUGCCUGGUGAUGGCCAGGGGGCUGAUAUGUCACCCGACAGUGUGGCCACAGCACAGCAGGACCCUCCGGGGACAGAUUGCCCCCCAGACAGUGUCAACACAGCAGCAGCACAGGGGGAUGCUCUGUGUGUGGAAUCCUCCAGAGACAAGGCUAAGGAGGAGGCAGUUACACUCAGCUGGGAGGAAACGAAUCGAAUUCGGGAGCAGCUAGGCCUGAAGCCAUUACCCAAAGCUAAGAUCGUCACACCAAGGUCAUCCUCUACAAGUCUCACUAAGUCCAGAAAUGCUAACAUCCUGCAGUCAGUGCUGUUACUUGUCCGAGAACUAGACAGGGACAGCCUCGAGGUCGUACACUCCACAGUCAAAACACGGAUGGAAGCAUUGUGAAGAUCGCAGCACACCAACCAUUGCCAAAUACAGGACAGUAGCCUCAACAUGUUCAACACUGUUACAAGGCAUCAAGUGUGAUACGGUCAUGAAGACUUAAUGCCUCGUUUAGAAUUUACAUAAUAGUUGACAACUUGAGACCCAAACAUACAGGAAUUGGUGGUAACCAAUUGUAUCCUGGCAUCUGAUUUUACACUUAAUAUGAGUAUCCGACCAUUUAAUAUUGUGGAGGGGGCCUGGUAUAUUUUUUGAGACAGGAUAUUUCUUUCAGUCACUGCUUCAAGACGUACAAUUUCUUCACUCUGAAAGGAGACGACAUCUAUCUUACCCAGUGAACACUUAAUUGUUUAUCCAUUAUCAUUUGGAUUUUUUUUCUCUCUCAAAUCCCAGCCCCUAACUCAAACACUCCUCCCGCUGAAUAUCAAAUGGUCUAUCCCUAAAUGCUAAAUUGUAAAAUAAUAAUAUUGUAAUGGACUCUGAUUACCAUGGUACAAGUACAGUCUACCGUCCCCCGUCCCUCACUGGUGAGAUUAUCAUAACUGAGUGCUGAGAUAGUACUUUAACACAAUACUUUAUUCUGAAAAUUCAAAACAUCAUUGAUUACUGAUUUUAAGGUGUAGUCAUAUUUCCAUUCCAAAGUGCCUCUUACUGACAUUGAAUAACUUCAGAUGUACAUUUGUCUGUCUCAGUUUCUUAGAUCUUCCAUGUAAAUUAGAAACCUUGGUGGCCAAAGAUGACAUCAUGCUGUAUAACUCCCACAUACAAUCCUUGAAGAAUAUUCAUAUUUCUGAUCAGAUUUGGGAAAAUUCAUCUCAAAACUUAAAUAUUUGUUAUCUUUGAUUUGAACUUUAGUCACACACAUGAAUAAAUGAAAACUAGCAUUUUGAAUAGGAAAUAUGUUAAUUUAUAGUAUUAUUGGUUGCAUGUUUGCAUUUAAAAUCGAUUUUGUGCUAAGGUAAUUGACACACUUUGACAGCUAGGAAAACCAUGGAGACGAUAAUAUCAAGCAAAUGUGUCGGAGUAUCAUGAAGUCAAAUUUUUAUCAUGUCUAUUAAUUUAUCCACAGGAACAUGAUGGUGGUUAUAAUUCUGUUUAUAAUGAAUGUUAAGACUAAAUUUAUUUGCAAUGAUAUGGAUGUAGUUGGCAAAACAUUUCACUUUAAUGGUUUGUGGAUUUUAGCUUGGAUCCAUCAAAUAAAAAUGGAUCUGAAAAUAAUUUUGUUACUCUCAGAGGUUUGUUUACUUGGUAAGAAAUUGUUUUGGUCAGUGCAGGAUGUUAUAUAUUUGCAUACAUGGCACACAAUGCAUUUGAUUCAUUGUUAUUUAAGAAGUUAGUAGCUGCUUUGAUUUGUGUAUUACGUUCAUAGUUGUAGUUUUGUGCAUUGUAUAUGUUGAGUAUCUCUCAGUUUCCUGUUUGUGAGAAUGUGAUAGUGUUUAGUAUUUAUGAAGUAUAUCAACUUGUGUGUUGCUUUCAUUUCUUCGUCCAAUUUGCUCAGUCUGCAGGGGUCAAGGCUCUGUGAAUCAAGAAUAGCUUUAAUACACCAGAUAUCGAUCUUUGUAAAGGUGUAGCUUGUACAUACGACCGAUGUGUUGUAAAUACUUCAAUCAGUUGAUAUAUCAACAGACAGGCUUAACAAUAUUAUCAAAAGUACUUUUGUUUACUUGAUAGAAAACAAAGAAUCGCGGAGUGAACGUGUCCUUUGAAAUAUGAACAUGAUUUGUAUGUUCUUGACAUCAAUUAUUAUGAGAAGGAUAUAAUAACUCUAAAGCCUUUCAACAUGGGGAAGGUCAAGGUUAUUUUCAAUAGGUCCAUCAGUGUUUUUGUCCAAAUGUGGUCAAGAAUGGUUUGUGUUUUUUUGUGUUACUUUAUCAUAUCACAAUUCGUCAUUCAUCCUGAACCUUGUGCACAGAAGUCGGACAUAGAUAUAUGUCUUGCCAUUCAGAGAGGUGAACAUUGAUGCAUAAGCAUAGUGACUGUCCUGACCCCUGAUCUUGCAUAGUAAUCAAAUAUCCGUCCUUUGAGUGAGUGUACUUAAGUACUCAAAAAUAACCUCAAGUCUUUACUGAAGAUAUAAAGGAGCAUAUCAAUAAACAGUAUAGUUUUUACAAGCA